CUAACAUUUCCCAAACAAGCCAAAACCCUGCCUGGCACACAUUAAGCGAGAGCAGCAUGGAGACAGCAAGAGAGUCGAUCUGAGCCUGCAACAACCGUCGUCAAAUCGCAUCUCAACGCCCAACACCCAUACAGUCUUGUCGAAUCCAGCACCGUCGACAAGAUGCCUACCCGCCUUUCGAAGACGAGAAAAAGCCGCGGUCAUGUUUCCGCAGGCUACGGUCGCGUUGGCAAGCACCGCAAGCAUCCCGGUGGUCGCGGUAUGGCUGGUGGCCAGCACCACCACCGAACCAACCUCGACAAGUACCAUCCAGGUUACUUCGGGAAGGUCGGCAUGAGAUACUUCCACAAGACACAGAACCAGUUCUGGAAACCUAUCAUAAACCUCGACAAGUUAUGGUCCCUUAUCCCCGCCGAAACCCGUGAUGCGUACGUGAACAACAAGAAACCAGAUACCGCCCCCGUCCUCGACCUCCUACCACUCGGCUACUCCAAGGUCCUUGGCAAGGGCAGACUCCCAGAGAUCCCCGUUGUCGUCCGGGCGAGAUAUUUCAGCAAGGAGGCUGAGCGGAAGAUCAAGGAGGCUGGUGGUGUUGCUGAGCUCGUUGCAUAGAUGGCUCGUUGCAUAGAUGCGAUGCGUGUAUGGGUGUGUUGCAUGAGAAUUAUUCGAUUUGGACGCAAAAUAUAAUGAACGGGUGUUAAGGGUGGUCUUUCAAUCCAUGUAUUUUUCUUAUCUUUUUUUUGUGUCAAGACCCGUUACUUAGAGCGGUUCCGGGUUCGAUACUGUUCCAUGAAAGAAAAAGGAAUUAAAAACUUUGUGGAAUGGACCCCUUCCCCUAAAAAGAGGCCAAAUUUGCUUUUAUUUUGCUACACGCCGAAGUAGGAAUAUACCGGGCAGGAGCAUUGGGGUUCCAUCAUGGUGCAUCCCAGAACCUAAACCUCAAUUCCUUUCUGUUUUCUUUUAACGAUAUCGAAUAAAAUACCAUAGCCGGAAUAAAAAACAGCUUCUUCUAUUGUUCUAAAGGCGAUGUAUUUAGCCACGUCGGGCCAGGAACUAUUUCGAUAGUUAUACGACAGCUCGAUAACAUGACAUUGAUGGAUUUUGCUCCUGGGGAAAUCCCGAUCUAACGUAUAUCUAUCUCAGUGUUCCCCUACUCGAGCAAAUUCAUUAUCUACCGAUGCUUCAUAGCUAGGGACAUAAAUAUUGUUCCAUGGAAUACUUCAAAUCCAAUCACCGUCGACAUAUCUAUAUGGGUGCCAAUAGCGAACUAACCCAGAGGCCAGAAAACGAAGCAUUCGACGUUGUUUCUUCUAAAUCUUUGACGUCCGCACCUUGGGUUGCGUAUUCUCCGCACCCUCCGCAAGACUCUCUCCAAUGAAUCGAAUGGCCUGCUCCAUCAUGGGUGGGGUAACUUCAUGCCCCGCCUCCUCAUAUAUGAGAUCCUCCAAUGUCACAGCUCCAUCGGCAUACCAGCCUCCUGGGGAAAUUGCUUUUUUUAGCCAUGUUAGGAAAGGCUCGCCCCGCGCGUACGGUACCAACUUAUCCUUACCACCAGAAAUCAGCAAUAUUCUUUUCCCCUGGAGGCAUCGGGUUAUAAGCGGGCCGAUGGUUUUCUUUUCAUGGUCGGUGGGCUCAGGAAGGGUGCCAUGAAGCAUGGACUCCGCGACGGCGGGGUGGUUCAUCUGGCUUAGGAAAAAUCUAGCAGGGUCGUAUUUCCUGAUGGCGUCCAUGAGAGACGGAGGAAAAGAUUCCGAGCCGAGGAAUUGAGAGCCCGGUGGUGUGGAGUCUUUCCAAGUUGAUAGUUUGGAGAGUUUGGCGCGCUCGGUCAUUAGGCUUGUGUAAUCUGGGGUGCCGAUGAUAAUGACCGCAUUGGUGAUUCUGGGUUCAUGUAGGACGCAGCUCCAUGCUGCAUGGCCGCCGAGAGAGACACCGAGGGCGAGGUUAGUGGUGAUUUUGCGCGAGGCGUCGGGAAAGGCAUAGGCGUCCAUGAAGUCUAUUAAGAGAGAGACGUCGCGAGCGGUGCCCUCUGCAGAUUUGUGUUAGUCUUAGAGUGGAUCGGGUAGCAUAAUGGGGUGCAUUUGCUAUUUUAUAGUUCAGAUCUGGAUGAAGAAGAUAAGGGAAACUCUUACGAAAUGUAGCAAACAUAUCCUGCGCAUGUUUUGGAUUUCCCUCCCUCCAAGCGCUGUUUGACAGCUUAUCGACAAGCCUCGAGCCAUGAUUCCGUUGGUCAAAGGCUACAGCGAUUAAGCCCUUGUUUCCCUGGUUAACGGACACUCGGCCACCGCGCAGUCUGUUGUUCCAAUCUGUGAUAGCAUGGCACGCAAACCCUUCCAUAGAAUCCGCCGUGCUCAAUCGUGGAUGCAUGAGAUAUAGACAUGAUACCUCCCUAGCAUGUGCGGGAAGUUCAUCCAGGCCAUAGACGGCGCAAUGGAUGCCGGCGAUUGGGAGGAACUUCUGGGAGACCUGGGGAGCAGGCGAAGCGUAGGUUUUCACCAUGGGAUCCAUCUUAUAUUGCGAGGUGUGUACAAGAGAAAAGGGUUAGAAAACAAUCCAUAGCUGUCAAGCAACUGCAUCUUCACCAGGCGA